GGGAUUUGGUCCCUGCAUUUGCUGAAUUCUUGCUCUUUUGCUAUAAUCGAGCUCUGAGUCUGAAUCUUGUGUGAUGUUGUUCCUAACUUGUUUCCGAGUAUGAUGAAUUUUAAUGGUGUGUAGCUUUGUAGAUAAAUUCAUCGGUGAUUGACGCAGAGAGAAUCCGAUCCACUUCAAGGCGGCGGCAUAAAGCUUAAGGUCCACUGCACACAAUAUUUAUGCCCCAAUCUCGAAUAACAAGCUGUCAACACCAAGCUCAGAUCGUCCCGCCGGUCAGAGCUUGCAGACAGUAUUGCGUUUUCCCUCUCUGAUUGGCCAGGUGGUUUAGGUUUUUGUUUGCGUCGGUUGGAGGCUGAUUGGAAUUAGGUUUUGCAGGAGUAGUUAUUGUAGUCAAGUGGAUUUUCUGUUAUUUGUCGAAAUCAAUAUCUGAUGGGGAGAAAGAAGCCGAGUAACCGUGAGGAGGAGAGUGAGCCUGCAGCGGCGGCGGUGGUGGGGGGAAAGGCAGCUGGUGGUAGAGGUAAAUCAAAGAAGAAGGAUUAUGUGAUUGAUGAUGAUGAGUAUUCUGUUGGAACUGAAUUGUCGGAAGAGACACUUGUUUUGGAGGAGAAAGUGAUGCCUAAGAAGAAGGGGAAGAAGGGGCCAUUGAAGAAAGCAGGGGAGAAGGAUGAUGACUAUGAUGAAGGAGUCGGCGAUAACGAGAUUGCCGGAGAAGAGGAGGGUGGUGAUGAUGCUCCGGUGAUUAAGUUUGUUGGCAAAAAGAAAGCCAAGGGGAAGAAGAAUGAUGGUGGUAGUGUGUUUAGUGCUUCGGCGUUUGGGUUAUUGGGAGAAGAAGAGGAGGAAGAACGAGAGGAUGACAAUGAAAGUAAGUAUAAUGAUGAUGAGGAUGAAGUUUCGGCUUCGCCGGUGGUUUUGUUUUCAGGGACGAAGAAAGCAUCGAAGAGUAAGAAGGGCGGUGGAGGGUUUUCGUCUGCUUUUGAGGCACUUGAUGAAGAUGAAGACAGUAAUGACAAAGAUGAGGAUGAGGAUGUUGAGAUUUCGUUUACCGGAGCGAAGAAGAAGAAGAAGUCGGUGAAGGGGGUGAAGAAGGUGAUUGAUGAAAAGAAUAGUGAGGUUCCUUCUGUUUCAAAUUUUUACAAUGAUUUUGCAGAUAACGAUAGCGAGGAAGAUGUCACGACAUUUACAUUUUCGGGUAAAAAGAAGUCGUCUAAGAAGAAAAGUGUUAGUGUUGAUGCUGUUGUUGAGGAGUUUGGGAACAAUGGUGUUUCCUCUGAUAAUAUUAAACCAGAGAUGGCUGAUGCUUCUAAGGACAAAAAGAAAAAAAAAAAGUCUGGUAAAACUGGUAAAGAUGAAGAUGACCUCGACAAACUUCUUCAGGAAAUUGACGGGCCACCAGCUACUGCAGAUGGGAAUGAAGCUGCAUCGAUUGAUCUUGUAAAGUUGGAUCAACGUGAGGAUGGUGUGGUGGAUACUUCAAAGAGCAAAAAGAAGAAAAAGAAGACCGGUAAAAUUGGAGCUGAGGAAGAUGAUGUCAAUAAAAUUCUAGCUGAAAUCGAUGGAACAGUUGCUGUUUCAGAGCAAGUUUCGACUCCAGCUGGGAAAGUACAGAAUCAGCUUGAGGUAGAAGAGGCUGCUGUUGACAAGGAAGCUGAUGAAGAGCCUGUGGAGUCUGUAACUUCGAAGAAGAAGAAAAAGAAGAAGGAUAAAGAAAAAGAGAAAAAGUCAGCUGUAUCAGAAGAGAAGCAGGAGGAGUCGACGACUGAGAUAAAUACGAAACUAUUAGGUAAGAAAGUUCCAAAGCAUGUUAGGGAGAUGCAAGAGAGACUUGCUAAGCUGAAGGAAGCCGAAGAAAAGAAGAACAGAGAAGAAGAGGAGCGGCUAAGGAAAGAGGAGGAGGAGAGGCGUCGACAAGAAGAGCUGGAAAGGUUGGCAGAAGAGAGGAAGCGUUUGAAGAAGGAGAGAGAGAAGGAAAAGCUUCUGAAGAAGAAGCAAGAAGGGAAGCUUCUAACAGGAAAGCAAAAGGAAGAGGCUCGAAGACGGGAGGCAAUGAGGAAGCAAAUCCUAGCUAAUGCAGUGAUGCAGUUGCCCUCUGAAGAAUCCAUUGAAGCUCUUGGAAAACCGACAAAGCGACCCCUUUAUCAGAAGAAAAAGUCGAAGCCGUCCACCCUAGACAGAGUUGAGAGCACAGAUUCGAAAGAUAUUGAGGAGGAGACACUGCUUGAGGAGGACGUGGAUUCAUCAAAUGUGAAGGGUAAAGCCGAGGGUGUUGAUGAAGCUGAAGAGAAUGGAGUUGGUGAAGAAGAAGAAGAAGAAGAGGAGGAAGAGGAGGAGGAUGAUGACGACGACGAUGGUGAUGAAGAGUGGGAUGCUAAAAGUUGGGACGAUGCAGAUUUGAAGUUUUCUGGAAAUAGUGCAUUUGCUGAUGAAGACUCAGAGCCGAAACCUUUGCAUAAGAAGGAGUUAAAGGAUGCCCGGAAUGCAACUCGAAGCAUCGAUCCACCAUCUUCGAAACCAGCUAGCUUGACAGAGAAAGCUACCUCGAUGUUGCCACACAGAUCUGAGAAUGAAAAUAAAAAGAAUAAUGAAGUUCUUGCUAGAGAGGAAAAACUGAAAAAGCCAAAUGACACUCCUGUUAGGAAUGGGCAGAAUCUUCGAUCCCCAAUAUGUUGCAUUAUGGGUCAUGUCGAUACUGGUAAAACAAAGCUGCUCGAUUGUAUAAGAGGUACUAAUGUUCAAGAAGGCGAAGCCGGUGGCAUUACACAGCAAAUUGGAGCUACCUAUUUUCCUGCAGAGAACAUUCGUCAGAGAACUCUUGAACUGAAGGCUGAUGCAAAGCUGAAUGUCCCUGGUCUUUUAGUAAUCGAUACUCCUGGACAUGAAUCUUUUACUAAUCUGCGCUCUCGAGGAUCGGGGUUGUGUGAUAUUGCAAUUUUAGUUGUUGAUAUAAUGCACGGGUUGGAGCCUCAGACAAUUGAAUCACUAAAUCUUUUGAAGAUGAGAAAUACCGAAUUCAUUGUUGCCUUGAAUAAAGUGGACAGACUGUACGGGUGGAAAACAUGCCGAAAUGCGCCAAUAAUAAAGGCAAUGAAGCAACAAACGAAAGAUGUCCAGAUUGAAUUCAACAUGAGGCUCACUCAGGUUAUCACUCAGUUGAAGGAACAAGGCCUCAACACCGAGCUUUAUUACAAGAACAAAGAAAUGGGGGAGACAUUCAGCAUCGUACCCACUAGUGCAAUAAGUGGUGAAGGUGUCCCUGAUCUGUUAUUGCUACUAGUUCAGUGGACGCAGAAGACGAUGAUCGAAAGACUUACAUAUACUGACGAAGUUCAGUGUACUGUUCUGGAAGUUAAAGUUGUUGAAGGACACGGGACAACAAUCGAUGUGGUGCUAGUAAAUGGUGUGCUUCAUGAAGGAGACCAAAUAGUUGUUUGUGGUUUACAGGGACCCAUUGUUACUUCGAUCCGAGCAUUACUCACUCCCCAUCCGAUGAGGGAGCUCCGAGUCAAGGGAGCUUAUUUGCACCAUAAGGAGAUCAAGGCAGCUCAGGGUAUCAAGAUCACUGCACAGGGCCUCGAGCACGCGAUUGCAGGGACUAGUCUUUAUGUCGUGGGGCCUGACGACGACUUGGAAGACAUCAAAGAAACAGCCAUGGAAGACAUGAAAUCCGUGAUGAACAGGAUCGAUAAAAGUGGCGAGGGCGUUUAUGUUCAAGCGUCGACUCUUGGGUCUCUCGAAGCAUUGCUGGAGUUCUUGAAGACUCCUGCGGUUAACAUACCUGUCAGUGGCAUCAGCAUAGGCCCCGUGCACAAAAAGGACGUCAUGAAGGCAAGCGUCAUGCUUGAGAAGAAAAAGGAGUACGGCACAAUACUCGCCUUCGAUGUCAAAGUGACGCCGGAGGCUAGGGAGCUUGCCGACGAGCUCGGCGUCAAAAUAUUCCUCGCCGACAUUAUCUACCACCUGUUCGACCAGUUCAAGGCUUAUAUCGAUAAUCUCAAGGAGGAAAAGAGGAAACAAGCCGCGGAUGAAGCAGUCUUCCCCUGCGUCCUCAAGAUCAUACCGAAUUGCGUGUUCAACAAAAAGGAUCCCAUCGUUUUGGGAGUCGAUGUGCUUGAAGGAUUGCUGAAGGUUGGAACUCCUAUAUGCGUUCCUCAAAAGGAGUUCACUGAAAUCGGCCGGAUCGCUUCAAUCGAAAACAAUCACAAGGCUGUCGAUUACGCCAAGAAAGGCCAGCAGGUUGCAAUCAAGAUCAUUGGCAACAAUCCCGACGAACAGCAGAAGAUGUUCGGCCGGCACUUUGAGGUUGAGGAUGAGCUCGUGAGCCGGAUCUCCCGGAGCUCGCUCGAUGCCCUGAAAGAACACUAUGCGGACGAUUUAUCUGCCGAAGAAAGGCGACUGCUGUUCAAGUUGAAGAAGCUCUUCAAGAUACCUUGAUCGAGCGGCUGCACCACUUUCCGGCGACCACCGGAAUCCAUUACCGGAGUUCUCAUUCCCACGCUUAACAGAGCUUGAUGACGAGACACAUACAGAAACAGAACAAGAAACAGAGGUAUUGAUUUUUUUGCAUGUUCUUAGCUCUGUCUUUCUGUAAAUGAGCAACAACCUUGUACAAUAAUAAGUAUCAGUACACUCUCGUUUCUAGAUAAAUAAAUAGAUAAAUAAAUGAUAUGUAUCCUAACUCUAAAUAAAUAAAUGAUAUGUAUCCUAAUAGCCCAAAUUUUUAAAUGAGUCGAUCAUUUAUAUUGAUUA